AUCAUUCACCGAGACCUUGCGGCCCGUAAUGUGUUGGUUGGACAAAAGGAAACUUGUAAAGUGACAGACUUCGGAAUGGCCAGAGAUGUGCAGCAGGAAAAUAUUUAUGAACGAAAGACUAAGGUAAUCAAGAAAGAGGGGAGGUGGGGACGGUACUACAUAUCGUUCAGUUUACUGAUCUUUCACGAUCAUUGUUGUGGUAGAGCCGAUAUACUCCUGAUUUCGAUUACAAAAUCCUUGGAUGGGACCAUAAUGAAAACAGCCAUUCGUAUACGAUUAUAAUUUUAAAUAUCACUGUCUUUGACCGGUCGCCUCCUAUAAUUUUUUAGCUGUUUCAAAAAAGUGAUAUUUGAAAUCUUUAGGGCCGUCUUCCAGUGAAGUGGACAGCUUAUGAGGCCUUGAUGUAUGGUAAAUAUACCACCAAAAGUGAUGUGUAAGUAUACCUGAUUAUUACCCGUAGCAAUUUUCCAACAAGUUUUAUUAAUAGAAUAAGAGGGAGGGUAAGUUUUGGGCUCGGUAAAGAAAUAGAGAAAGAUGUUUUUCAUCCUCUCACGAGCGUUGGACAAUGAAAAUAUCUUCGCUUCCCAUGAGGAAUCGAACCUCAGACCAUCGGAUUCCGCGCUCCGAUGCUCAUACCACUGUGAGUUAGAUCUAUCACUUAGUUCAUAUGACACGCGUCCUGCAUACUGCAAGGAUCAGCAAUGUCGAUAGAGUCAUGUUUGUAAAUAAAAACAAGAGAGAGAAUCGGAGCGCGGAAUCCAAAGGUCCGAGGUUCAAUUCCUCGUGGGGACUCAAAAUUUUUCCUUCGUCCCACAAUCGUGACAAGACGAAAAACAUCUUUCUCGAAGUUUUAUCAGUUUCAAUCAGGAAAUGAAUUCUAUGCUUGGUAAAAGAAUACAUAUAUUUUAGCUGUCGUAUAAAAUGUUAAUGUCUUCAGUCACCCAAUAUAUAUUUGUUUGAUUUGUCUUUCUGCAGAUGGAGUUAUGGAGUUUUGCUGUACGAGAUUUUUACCAUAGGUAACAUCGAAUGGAGAUUUAUAAGACCCUGUAGAUGUUUUUUGCUAUAUACUAUGUUCAAUUAAGCAAUGUAACGUGUUCAGUUAGACAAACGUAAUGAGCUUCAAACUACAUCAAAUGACAUGGGUGGUGUUUCAGUGAAGGUCGUUUUUUCGUCACAUUUAUAUUUCGAUGGUCUUGUGGUUCUUCCAGGUGGUUCACCUUACCCACGAAUGGAUGGCAGAAAAAUUGCAAACUUACUUCAGGAUGGAUACAGGAUGCCUAAACCACAACACGUCGAUGAAGAAUUGUAAGUGCUUUUUUAAUUCGUUAUCUCUUACCCUACAAGGAAACGUUCACUUCGCGUUCUCUAACAGAUCAUUUGAACAAUACCAGGUAUCAGAUUAUGAUGAAAUGCUGGAAGAAUGACCCAGAUGCAAGACCAACUUUUACUGAAUUGAAAAAUCAGCUUAAGGACAUGGAAACCCUACACAAGGUGAGAAUUUUGAUCAACAUGAAAGUUUCUUUUCACGUUAGACCGACUGGCUUAGGCUCAGCUAAAUGGGGUUUUAAACUUAAUAGCGUUUAGCUUAGAUAGCGUAAUUUUUACGAAGUUGGGAUUGCAUCUUCUUGUUAUGUCACUGAAGCUAGCACUACACGAAAAACAAGGAGGAAGCGAACUAGAAUGUCCCAACGACAAUUGACUCAUUAUGGUUAUUUAAAAGAUCGUAGGAUUAUUGCAAAAUUGUAUUGAGACGCACAAAGAGUUGCAGAUGUCACCAUAAAAUACUUUCUUGAAUUUGUUUUGGUGUGAAAAAAACUGGCCACUUGUGAGGAUAAACGCUUAUAACGUAAGAGGAAGACUUUUUUAAUGAUGCUGAUUAUUAUAUUAUUCUUUUUUGCAGAAGCUGAUCAACAUGACAAUGUACGACAAGCAGUUGUAUGCAAACGUCGAGGAUUUAAUAGUGUAG